AUGACUGACCUAAAAUAUCUCAACAAAAAGGAAGUAAAGGUGGGAGAAUAUAAUGCUAUACUUGAUUCACUGGAAAUCAUCAACAAUUCCAUCAAAUUCCAUGGGAAAGAACCUCCAAAGGAUAGAACAAUUAUCCAAAAGCAACUUCGUAAGAUUUCUCUGCCUCUCUACAGUAUUCUUUCAGCACUCACUAUCUUGGGAAUGAUCAUGGCCAGUGCUUUCUUGUUCUUUAACAUCAAAAACAGAAAUCAGAAGCUAAUAAAGAUGUCUAGUCCUUACAUGAACAAUCUCAUUAUUCUUGGGGGAAUGCUGUCCUAUGCAUCUAUAUUCCUUUUUGGGCUUGAUGGAUCUUUUGUUUCUGAGAAAACAUUUGAGACUCUUUGUACCAUCCGGACAUGGAUUCUUACAGUGGGUUAUACAACUGCAUUUGGGGCAAUGUUUGCAAAAACAUGGAGAGUCCACGCAAUCUUCAAAAAUGUAAAAAUGAAAAAAAAGAUCAUUAAGGACCAAAAACUAAUGGUAAUCGUUGGAGGAAUGCUACUGAUAGAUCUUUGCAUCUUGAUUUGUUGGCAAGUUGUUGAUCCCUUGAGGAGAACAGUAGAAAAGUACAACAUGGAGCCUGACCCUGCAGGCCGAGAUAUCUCAAUUCUUCCCAUUUUGGAGCAUUGUGAAAACACUCACAUGACUAUCUGGCUUGGCAUCGUUUAUGCCUAUAAAGGCCUACUCAUGCUAUUUGGGUGUUUUUUGGCAUGGGAGACUCGAAAUGUGAGCAUUCCUGCUCUGAACGACAGUAAAUAUAUUGGCAUGAGUGUUUAUAAUGUGGGCAUCAUGUGCAUCAUUGGAGCUGCUGUUUCCUUUCUUACACGAGACCAGCCCAAUGUACAGUUCUGCAUUGUGGCACUAGUGAUUAUAUUUUGUAGCACCAUUACCCUCUGCUUGGUCUUUGUACCUAAGUUAAUUACUCUGAGAACAAAUCCAGAUGCUGCCACUCGGAACAGAGGGCUUCAGUUCACCCAAAAUCAGAAGAAAGAUGAUUCAAAAACAUCAACAUCUGUCACCAGUGUCAACCAAGCCAGCACAUCUCGAUUAGAAGGGCUACAGUCAGAGAACCACCAGCUUAGAAUGAAAAUAACAGAGUUGGACAAAGCUCUAGAAGAAGUCACAAUGCAGCUUCAGGACACACCUGAAAAAACAACAUAUAUUAAACAGAACCACUAUCAGGAGCUCAAUGAUAUUCUCAGUAUACGCAAUUUUACAGAAAGCAAAGAUGGUGAAAAAACAGUGCUGAAAAAUCAUCUUGAUCAAAAUCCACAAGCACAAUGGAAUACUACAGAGUCGUCCAGAACAAGCAAAGAUUUUAUAGAAGAUAUCAAUUCCCCAGAACACAUACAGCGGCGACUCUCCUUACAGCUGCCCAUUCUUCAUCAUGCUUAUUUGCCAUCCAUCGGAGGAGUUGAUGCCAGCUGUGCCAGUCCAUGUGUCAGCCCCAGUGCCAGUCCACGGCACAGACAUGUGCCACCAUCUUUUCGUGUGAUGGUCUCUGGCCUGUAGGAGGACAUCAGAGCUCCCUGAACU